UCAACCUAAUCGUGAAAACCUAGUUCCCAAAUAUUUGCCUCCCCUCUGCCUUCGUGAACCCUAAUCCUCGAUCUCUUAUCUCUGUUUGGGACAAAUUCGAAUCCUUGAUCUUUCAUCCCUGUUUUGCUCAAUCGACCAGGUUCUUCGAUUCUCUCUUUUUAUCGUGCAUUUGGAGGUUCAUCUUGAUAAUAUUCUUUAUUUUAUUUGGUUGACAAAAUUCUGUUCAUAUGGUUGGAAUUUGUUUAGUCUUACUGUCCAUGGUUUGAAAGAAAUUUUCACUUGUAUUUUGGGUACACUGCAAUGGAACUUGUGUUUGUAUCAAAUGUGCGAUUAAGUAACAGCGAUAGGCUUGCUUCUAGAAGCUAUUUAGAAAAUUAUUGCUUCUAGUUUAUCCUUUUCAGUAUUGAUGUAUUAAGAAAUUGUAAUCGAAUGAUAGAUCAUUGAAAAUUUGGUGCUGAUUUUUUGAAAUCAAAGGGUGUGAGAAUUUUCUUCUCGUCUUAAUGUGGUGUCACAAUGGUUUGGCUUAACACGAGCUUGGCUGAACUUUUGGUCCAGCUAUGUAGGAACUGUGGGAUUGCCUACAGUAUUUAUGGUUGAGUGCUUCUUAGUUCUUACGUUAAUUAGUUUCUGAUGGAUAGGUCUAGAAAGUUAUAGAUUUAUUAUAAUCAAAGGGUGAUAAGUUUCUCUUUAGCUUCCAGUGCUAGGUCGAUUUAUCUUAUAUGAAUAUUCAGAGUUUUGUCACCAAAAUACAAUCAAACAUAAAUCUUUUCAUUCUUUUCACAGUCUCUCACUCAUCGCCAUAGUCAAAACCCACUAACAGAGAACACUGUAGCAAACACUUGGACAUUAAUGGUUUAUUGCAUCCUAUUGUAGUAUGUAUUUAUCUGAAAAGAUAGUCUUAUAAGCUCUGAAGUAGGGUUACUUGUAACAAACCAGGUCCAAAAAGAUAUCAUUUAUAUAUUUUUUAGCUAAGCGCUCAAUAAUUUGUCUUGUUAUUUGUGCUUUCUUUUGGACUUUCAAGUGAUAAGCUAUUCAAUGCAACUUAAUCCAUUUUUCUAUGCAAAUAUCUGUCACUGAUGGCAGAAGCAGUGUUGUUCUUUUAUCUGUUUUGGCUGUGGAGGAGCCAAUGCUUUUCAAUUUCUAUGACUUUAUGAGUCCCUAUUAAUGUAUUCUGUUGCUUAAACUAUUCUUUUGUUCUGUUGUCUCUUCAAUGUCAUGGUUUGGCAGCAUAUGUAGGUGACUAGCACUUGACCUUUGUUGUAAGAAUACCAUUGGAAAUGGGAUCCUUGAUCCUUCAUUUGCAACCUUCCAUGUUGAUAGUGAUAAAUGCAUGUUACAUAAUUCCAUAUUUGAUAUUCAGGAUUUAUCAUUGUGCUUCAUUGUGGUGAUAUACUUCACCGGAAGACUCAAUGAAGUUAUAUUGCAUGAUAAUUUGCCUUUUUUUUAUAAUACAUUGAUCUUGACUUUUAUAGAUUAUCUCUAUGUUGAAAUCCUUUGGAGUGAAUUCAACUCAAUUGCGAAUAUUCAGUAUAUUAUGCCCUCAAGAUACUUGUUUGCUGCUUUGAACUGGUCUUCUUAGUUAUGGUUAUGCAAUACUAAGGAGCAUGAUCAUCUUCAUUUUGUUUUGCUCUAAUUUCAAUAAGUGUUGUCAAAUAACGGCCAUGGUGGAUGUUGGUGGCGGCUUUUACCCAAACUGCCACAACCAUGGCGGAUUUAUGAUGGCAGCGCCAUGGUGGCUGUUAUGUGCCUGGCAGCCAUGGCAGAAAAUGUUAGUUUUUGAGGAAAAAAACAAAUGUUGGUUGAUAUUUUUUUCCAUAGUUUUCGGCAUGUGGAUUGUAUGCAGUGGUAAAGUAUAGGGUUAUUGAUGCUUGAUAGUUGUUAUUGAUGUGGAAGUGGUUUUGCUUCUGUUCUGUUGUAAUGUUUCAAAUUUUCUUCCCUCUCUUAUUGUCACCCUGAUUACAUGCUGAAAACUCUGGAAAAUAAUAUAUUAACCAACAUGUAUAGGAGAGCUGUUACCAAUGAAAAGAGGGAGUAUAUUUUUUAUGGUGAGUUAAUGGUAUUUAAUGUAGAGACAGGGGAGAGAACAAAUAAUGGGACAAGAGAUUUGAUAUCUUUCGUGGUGCCGGUUAUUCAAAUCAAUAAACAUGUGAAAAAUGUAUGGUGUUAAGAAUGUUGUUGAAGGGGAAUGCUGAAUUUUUAUGGGUAUUGCCUCUAUGACAUCAAAAAUGUUAUUUUAUGACGUUAAAAUUAUGUUCUUUCUGAUAAAGUUUUGCCUCUUAUCAACAAGCCUUUUUCAUUGGAAUGCGUCCUCUUUGUUUUAUUAUUUGGUUCAAUGGAAUAUAAAUUUUAUGUCAUGAUUUUUCAUUCAGUAGAAUCUGUUACAUUGUUUGCUUCACAAUCUGCAUAUUGAAAUGGCCAUUCGAUUAACCUAUAUGCCCUAUUUUAUGUCAUGAAUUUUCAUUCUGUAGAAUUUGUUACAUUGUUGGCAUUGAAUUUAUAGUUAAUCACAUAUUAGAUUUUGGUUGCAUUUGGGAACACAGUUUAUUAAGUGUCUGUUCAGUAAGAUCUAUUUAUAUAAAAACUCAUGCCAAAAAUUUGACCAUAAAACUUAAUGGAAUAAGCUAACAGAACUUAUUCUUAUAAGCAAUAUUGAAAAGCUUAUUGAAAUAAACUGAAAACAGCUCAUAUAAGUUAUAAGCUUUUUCUGUAAGAUCUUCAAAACACUGCCUUAUAGCAUGUUUGGGUACAAUUUUUUUUUGGCAAAAAAUUUCUCCUUUUCAAAAUAUCUAUUAGGAAGCUGGCAAAAGAAAAAAAAAUUAUUUUACUAAAAUAAGUUGAACCAAACCUGUACUUAGAUUGUACCCUGUAUUAAAAAGUAACAAAGUCAGAUUUAAAAAUUGACUGCAUCAUCUAAAAAUCUUUGAAGCUUCUUUGUCAAAACAGUGGAUUGCUGUGAACUGCAUUAUUUGGCGUUAGCUAAUGGACAAGGGGGUGCCAUCUAGCCUCUUCGUUAAUGAUGGUUCAUUCAUGGAGAGGUUCAAGCAACUUCAACAAGAGCAGGAAAAAGGGAAGAAUGUCAAAGCAGAGGAUUCUAAACCAAUUAAAGUUGUUUCAGGCUCCUUGUCUCCUAAUCCCUCCAUUACCAAAACUUCUUUGGAUUUGAAGGUUAAUGACACACGGAAAACAUCCCAGGGUGGCUCCAGUGGCAAGCUAGCUUUCAGUUUGAAACAAAAGUCAAAGCUGGUGCCACCCCCUGUUAAGUUAGUUGCUGAAGAGGAUGAAGAAGAAACAUAUGCUGGGGAUGUUUCAAAUGAUGCACCACUGAAACGGCAAAAGUUAGGCCAGGAGGAUGGCAUUGAGCAAUCAUCAAAAGAAGUUGAUGUUGCACCUCCUUCCCCAAGUGAUCCUACAGUGAAGAAAGUUGCUGACAAACUAGCAAGUUUUGUGGCUAAAAAUGGAAGGCAAUUUGAGGAUGUUACUCGCCAAAAAAAUCCUGGGGAUACACCUUUCAAAUUCUUAUUUGAUGAGACAUGUGCUGAAUACAAGUAUUACGAAUAUCAGCUUGCUCAAGAAGAAAAGGCUCUUUUGCAGUCAUGGGAAUCACAGGUGCCUCAUAACGGGGGGACAAGCUCUUCAUCUUCUAAACAGACAAGUGGUCCUCAAAGACCAUCUCAGCAGCAUACAGCUUACCAAAUUCCUGCAUCUGCUUUAUACGAAAGUGCUGACAAUCCAAGAAUUUCUGGAUCUUCAAUUCAAACAUCAUCAGUAGGAAACAGUGAUGAGCCCAGUGGUUCAACAAAUGCUGAUUCUUUGGCACUGAUGGAGUUCUACAUGAAGAAAGCUGCACGGGAAGAGAAGUUUAGACAACCUAAGCAUUCAAAAGAUGAGAUGCCCCCUCCUGCUUCCCUUCAAGGGAAAAAAGGCCAUCACAUGGGUGACUUCAUUCCUCGCGAAGAACUUGAGAAGUUCAUGGCUAGCUGUAAUGAUGCAGUAGCACACAAAGCAGCAAAGGAGGCUGCAGAGAGGGCAAAGAUUCAGGCUGAUAAUGUAGGCCACAAGCUCCUGUCGAAAAUGGGUUGGAAAGAAGGUGAGGGUCUGGGAGGUUCCAGGAAGGGUAUUUCGGAUCCUAUCAUGGCAGGUAACGUUAAGAAGAAUAACUUGGGGGUUGGUGCUCAAGAACCUGGGGAGGUGACUGCUGAUGAUGACAUAUAUGAGCAGUACAAAAAGCGAAUGAUGCUUGGCUACCGAUACAGACCCAAUCCUCUGAACAAUCCCCGCAAGGCUUAUUAUUGAACUUGACAGCUGAAGCUCCCUUUAAGUUCGUUCAGGAAAAGUAAGCUUUUGUGAACUGGUGUGUGGACUGGUGUGUUGAUAGUAGGAUUUUUUUAUUGAUGUGCUUUGCUGGUUGGAAUCUUCUGAACUUCCGGUUUGGGGCGGGGGAAGAAAGGGGGGACGGGGACAAGUGUUUUAAUGUUUAUUACAAUCGCAUUUUAUGCAACAAAGAAUAAUGUGUUUC